AUGCGGCUCUCUACUUCAACUUUGAUACUCGCGGUCGUCGGUGGCACGUUGGCUGCACCAGGGCCUGGCUCGCACAUUCUCGCGGCACGACAGAGCUCAGCGGGUGAUCCAGGCGGCGCAGUCCAAUGCCCCGCGGAUACCCAAUGGUUUGAUCAGCCUAUCGACCACGCUUCUACGAACUCGAGCCAGACAUUCAAACAGAGGUACCAAAUCGACACAUCGAACUUCAAGGAAGGCGGGCCGAUCUUGUUCUACCAGUCUCCUGAGGCCACCGACAUUGCCUGCAUCAGUGAACUGCUUUUCAUGGAUUGGGCCAAAGAGCUUGGAGGUAUCGUUGCCACGCUUGAGCACCGGUACUUUGGUCAGAGCCUUCCGUUCGGAAACAACUCUUACACUCUCGACAACCUGAAGCCUUUCACUCUCGAUAACGUCAUGCAGGACGCAGUCCACUUCUUGGAUUUCGUCAAGAAGAAUGUGACCGGCGCGGCGAAGUCAAAGACAAUCGUCGCAGGCGGCUCAUAUGGUGGCUUCCUAGCACCUGUCUUCCGUCAGAAUUACCCAGACACUUUCUUUGGUGCAUGGGGUAUAGCUGGACCGUUCCGCUCCCUCGGCACUGUGGAUGAGGUCGGGGCGGAGCUCCAUAACUGGUACAACUACGUCCAGAGCACCUACGCUCACCGCUCCCUCGAGGCAUUCGACCGCAUCAGGAAUGGUUUUGCGCAGGUGAAGCAGCUUAUUGACACCGGUCAUAAUGCUACCCUCACAAAGGAGCUCUCGCUAUGCCACCCGCCGAGUAACAGCAGCGACGAUUUGGCCACGUUCGCCUCCUUCCUCGUUUCCUCAUACACCACCAUGUCACAGUUCAACGGUCUCCCACCUGCCGUUUUCUUCAACGUCUCCGGCAACUCGCUUGACGUUGUUGUCAACGACACCCUUGCCGCCCCGACGCCCCUCGCCGGCAUCAACCAGACGCUUUGGCAUGCGCACGGUCUGGACGCAGUGAAUGGCUGCCUGAACUACACGGACGCACAGAACAGUGGCUUCGGCGUGCAAGAGAUACCUUUCAUGUGGGCGCAAUGCAAUUGGUUCCCGCUCAACCUCGCGAUCGCCAACGACAGCAUCUUCAACAUCGGCUCUCCCGGACUAGGGAUGAGCAGCAGCCCGUCGGCGACAUGCGAGACACUAUUUAACCUGACACAGGUCAACGGGGCAGACGUCCUCACGAGGUACAACGUCACCCGGGAGGACAUCGGGAACUCGACGCACAUCAUCUUCAGCGAGAACGAGUAUGAUCCCACUACGAGCGUCGCGGUACCUCCGGACUGGCUGGGCGACAACGUCAGCACGGAUAUUGAUAAGUCAGUUGUAUUGUUCGUCGCCGGCACCGGGCACGGACAAGACCUUGCCCGGCCUAAUGCGACUGAUCCGUCCUCCCUCACUGCAGUACGUUCUAUCCUGACACGAGCCUAUUGA